AUGUCGCCCGGUCACGUAGCCAGCUAUCGGGCCCAGCGUCGCUGGGACGCUGACAAACUCGUUGCGCCUGACUGGCUCAACAAUGGCGACAAUGCAUGGCAGUUGACGGCAGCUACACUUGUCGGACUCCAAUCUGUCCCAGGCCUGAUGGUCAUGUACGCUGGAUUGGUGAAAAAGAAGUGGGCCAUCAAUUCGGCAUUCAUGGUCCUUUACGCUUUUGCAGCCGUCCUCAUUUGCUGGGUGGUUUACGCAUACCGAGCCGCUUUUGGCAAGCAGAUGUUGCCAUUCGUCGGAGUGCCGGGGCCAGCUGUCGAGAUGAACUACGAAUUGAAGCAGGCUUUCUUGCCAGAGGCCGGUCUCUCUGCAGCAUAUCCCAUGAGCACCAUGGUUUAUUUCCAGUUCGUCUUCGCGGCCAUUACACUUGUUCUUAUUGCAGGCGCAGCCCUGGCAAGAAUGAACUUCCUGGCCUGGAUGGUCUUUGUGCCACUUUGGUUGACUCUGAGCUACACUGUGGGCGCAUUCAGCAUCUGGGGAGGCGGCUUCUUGUUCGACCUGGGCGUGCUGGAUUAUUCUGGAGGAUACGUCAUUCAUGUUUCCUCUGGAACAGCGGGCUGGGUCCUAGCAUAUUGGGUCGGCCCUCGACAUCCUCGCGAUCGCACUGAAUUUCACCCAAACAACGUUUUGCUGGCGCUGGUAGGUGUUGGACUGCUCUGGCUCGGUUGGAACGGAUUCAACGGCGGUGAUCCUUAUACUGCUUCACCCGAUGCUGGCGCCGCCGUGCUCAAUACCAAUGUGUGCACGGCAAUGAGCAUGUUGACUUGGACUAUCAUGGACCUUAUCUUUUUCAAAAAGCCUGCUGUCAUUGGAGCUAUUCAAGGCAUUAUUACUGGUCUUGUCGCAAUCACUCCCGCCGCCGGGUUUGUUGCAGGAUGGGGCGCUAUUAUCAUUGGCUUUUUCUCUGGUGUCAUUCCGUGGAUGUCAAUGAACAUCCUGGGGAAGCAAAGGUGGUUCCUCGAAUUUUCUGAUGAUGUCGUGGGAGAUUUCCAUACACAUUUGGUUGGUGGCAUCGUUGGAGGAUUCUUGACUGGCCUGUUUGCUACCAGUGAAGGCACUGCCGCCUUCGCCCUUGCUCCAUCGGGUGGUGCAAUUGAUGGAAAUGGAAGACAAGUUUGGGUUCAAAUUGUUGGCUUCCUCUUCAUCAUUGGGUGGAAUCUCUUCUGGACCAGCGCCAUCUGCCUAUUCAUCAAAUACGUCAUGAGAAUCCCUCUGAGAUACAACGAGGAUCAACUGCUCAUUGGCGACGGUGAAGUUCAUGGCGAGCUCCCGUACGCCUUCUUUCAUGAUGGAAGACAUGAAUAUGACGCCCAUUAUGGCAAGCCCCAUGAGGACGUGGAGAAGCGUGCCGGAGUACUGCAGGGAGUGGAUGCUGCGGGACACAUCGACAGCUCGGAGGCAGAAGCAGCAAGUGGGAGCGGCAGCGCCAGUGGUAAUGGGACACACAAAGCGACCAAGCAGGCAUAG